GCCCCAGCAGACAACGCGCAGGCCCCAGGUGACCACUUUCUGCGGGGCCCCGCCAUCUCUUGAGGCAGUUAUUUGGGGAGCCGAAGCCGGGGCGCUGACGGGAGGGCUCCCUGCAGCCGCUCGCCGCGGUCCUCCGGGAGCCGAGUCCCGCCUGGAGCACAAGCGCCCGGAAGCGUGAGGACGCGGGUGGAAAGUUGGGGGUCGGGGCCGCGGAGUGGCGAGCCCGGCAGCAGGGCCGGUGUCCGCGUCUCAUGAAUAUGCAGGAGCCACCUCCCUCCCUCCGUGACGUCACGGGCCGUCCCGGGGUGAGCGCUGGAGCCGCUCCGGGUCCGCGCCAGUGAGCGCGGCUGCCGGCGGCGAGCGAGUGGCGCGGCAGCGGGCAGCGGAGGCCGAGCGCGGCGGCGCCCGAAGCGCAACCAGCAGGCAAAGCGAGGCGGCCGCUGCCCGGCGGGCACCGGCAGGCGAGAGCCGGCGCGGGCAGCAGGCGGCAGCGGCAGCUUGUUGGCGGCGGCGGCGAGGAUGCGGACCGGGAGGCUGUGCUGGGUGCCGCUCCUGCUGGCGCUGGGCGUGGGGAGCGGCAGCGGCGGCGGCGGCGGCGGGGGCAGCCGGCGGCGCCGCCUCCUCGCGGCUAAAGUCAACAAGCACAAACCAUGGAUUGAGACUUCAUAUCACGGAGUCAUAACUGAGAACAAUGACACAGUCAUUUUGGACCCACCACUUGUCGCCCUGGAUAAAGACGCACCAGUUCCUUUUGCAGGGGAAAUUUGUGCCUUCAAGAUCCAUGGCCAGGAGCUGCCCUUCGAGGCCGUGGUGCUCAACAAGACGUCAGGAGAGGGCCGGCUGCGUGCCAAGAGCCCCAUCGACUGCGAGCUGCAGAAAGAGUACACGUUCAUCAUCCAGGCCUAUGACUGUGGCGCUGGGCCCCGGGAGACGGCCUGGAAGAAGUCUCACAAGGCUGUGGUCCAUAUCCAGGUGAAGGACAUCAAUGAGUUUGCUCCCACCUUCAAAGAGCCAGCCUACAGGGCAGUUGUGACGGAGGGGAAGAUCUACGACAGCAUCCUGCAGGUGGAGGCCGUUGACGAGGACUGCUCCCCCCAGUAUAGCCAGAUUUGCAACUAUGAAAUCGUCACAACUGACGUGCCUUUUGCCAUCGACAGAAAUGGCAACAUCAGAAAUACUGAGAAGCUGAGCUACGACAAGCAACACCAGUAUGAGAUCCUGGUGACGGCCUAUGACUGUGGACAGAAACCCGCUGCUCAGGACACGCUGGUGCAGGUGGAUGUGAAGCCGGUUUGCAAGCCUGGCUGGCAAGACUGGACCAAGAGGAUUGAGUAUCAGCCCGGCUCAGGGAGCGUGCCGCUUUUCCCCAGCAUCCACCUGGAGACUUGUGACGGCGCUGUGUCCUCCAUCCAGAUCACCACAGAGCUACAGACCAAUUAUAUCGGGAAGGGCUGCGACCGGGAGACCUACUCUGAGAGAUCCCUUCAGAAAUUAUGUGGAGCCUCGUCUGGCAUCAUUGACCUCUUGCCGUCCCCCAGUGCUGCCACAAACUGGACAGCAGGACUGCUAGUAGACAGCAGCGAGAUGAUCUUCAAGUUUGAUGGCAGACAAGGGGCCAAGAUCCCUGACGGGAUUGUGCCCAAGAACCUGACAGACCAGUUCACCAUCACCAUGUGGAUGAAACAUGGCCCCAGCCCUGGUGUGAGAGCCGAGAAGGAAACCAUCCUCUGCAACUCAGAUAAGACUGAAAUGAACCGGCAUCACUACGCCCUAUAUGUGCACAACUGCCGCCUCGUCUUCCUCCUGCGCAAGGACUUCGACCAGGCUGACACCUUCCGCCCGGCAGAGUUCCACUGGAAGCUGGACCAGAUAUGUGAUAAAGAAUGGCAUUACUACGUCAUCAAUGUGGAGUUUCCCAUAGUUACCUUGUACAUGGAUGGAGCAACAUAUGAACCCUAUCUGGUGACCAACGAUUGGCCCAUUCAUCCAUCUCAUAUAGCCAUGCAACUUACAGUCGGCGCUUGUUGGCAAGGAGGAGAAGUCACCAAACCUCGCUUUGCUCAAUUCUUUCACGGAAGCCUGGCCAGUCUCACUAUCCGCCCUGGCAAAAUGGAGAGUCAGAAGGUGAUCUCCUGCCUGCAGGCCUGCAAGGAAGGACUGGAUAUUAAUUCCCUGGAAAGCCUCGGCCAAGGAAUAAAGUACCACUUCAACCCCUCGCAGUCCGUCCUGGUGAUGGAAGGUGACGACAUUGGGAACAUCAAUCGUGCACUCCAGAAGGUGUCCUACAUCAACUCCAGGCAGUUCCCGACGGCGGGUGUGCGGCAUCUGAGAGUCUCCUCCAAAGUCCAGUGCUUUGGAGAAGAUGUGUGCAUCAGUGUCCCUGACGUGGAUGCCUUUGUGAUGGUGCUGCAGGCCAUUGAGCCCCAGAUCAGCCUCCGGGGCACAGACCGCCUCUGGAGACCCGCCGCCCAGUUUGAAAGUGCCCGAGGGGUGACCCUCUUCCCUGACCUCAAGAUCGUGAGCACCUUCGCCAAAGCCGAAGCCCCGGGUGACCUGAGGACCACAGCCCCCAAAUCAGCAGUCUUAGAAGAAAUGCUUCACAACUUAGAUUUCUGUGACAUUUUGGUACUUGGAGGGGACCUGGACCCAAGACAGGAGUGCUUAGAACUCAACCACAGUGAGCUCCAUCAGCGACACCUGGAUGCCACCAAUUCCACAGCAGGCUACUCUAUCUAUGGUGUGGGCUCCAUGAGUCGCUAUGAGCAGGUGUUGCAUCACAUCCGCUACCGCAACUGGCAUCCAAGUUCCCUUGAGGCCCGGCGGUUCAGAGUCAAGUGCUCAGAACUCAAUGGACGUUAUGCUAGCAAUGAGUUCAACCUGGAGGUCAGCAUCCUCCAUGAGGCCAGAGUCUCAGACAAGGAGCACGUCAACCACCUUAUUGUGCAGCCUCCCUUCCUGCAGUCUGUCCACCACCCUGAGUCCCAGAACAGCAUCCAGCGAAGUUCAGUGGUCCCAAGCAUCGCCACAGUGGUCAUCAUCAUUUCUGUGUGCAUGCUGGUGUUUGUCGUGGCCAUGGGCGUGUACCGGGUCCGGAUUGCCCACCAGCACUUCACCCAGGAGACGGAGGCUGCCAAGGAAGCGGAGAUGGACUGGGACGACUCUGCGCUCACGAUCACAGUCAACCCCAUGGAGAAACAUGAAGAACGAGGGCGUGGAGAAGAGACGGAGGAGGAGGAGGAGGAGGAAGUAGAGGAUGACGUGAGCUCCAGCAGCAGUGAGUCAGAGGACAGCGAAGACGAAGAGGAGGAGGAAGGGAUAGGCAGGGGCAGACACGGGCCGGGCGGAGCCAGGCACACCCAGCUGGAGUGGGACGACUCGGCCCUGCCCUACUAGCAUCCUGCUGCCUAUGCCCACCCACACGUCUCUUUUGUAAGCCCCACCCGAUGUACGCCCAAGUCUAUCACAUGUCGCCUCUGAUUCCUAUGACAGGUCUGGGCAGGCCUCCCCCAGCGUCCUGGAAGCCACCCGUUAGGCCUUGGAUACUCCCUGGGUCCCAGCCUUGCAAAGGGUCCAAGACUCCCAGGGUUGUCAUUAGUGGGGACUUCUAGGGGGACUUUGUCCUGUAGCCCCCCACAUCUGCCCUGGGCUCCGCCAGCAUCCUGUCAGCCAGUCUGCAGAGUUCUGCCUGUGCUCUUCUCUGCAGGGGAGAAAGUCAGCCUUUAUGUCGCUCACCUCCCCCCGACUCCCUGUGCCCAGGGCCCUUGGGUUCCAGCUCGCUGUGUGUGCACCUGCCCCUGUCUCCUCUUCCACAUAGACCAGCAGUUUCUCCUUACCUGACUC